UCUUUACAAACACAAACAGAGAAGAAGCGAGUGAGAGAGUGAGUGAUACUGAACAACUGAAAUAAACAUUGAUACAACUAUAAUUUCGACAGUAGCAACGAUCACGGGAAGGAUAAAAUAGAAGAGGAGUGCAAACACACAUAAAAAAAGCCUUCCAGCGGGCAAGUGCGAGGCCAACAGUGAUCGGACCGUUAACACCCCGGUAAAAAGAGGCGAGAGGCACUCUGAUAAGGGAGAGAGGUGUUGGAAGUAACAAAAACUUCGCGUGGCAAGCGACACAGCAAACUUCCCAUUGAUCCGUUGGAUGUGGGACAGUAGGGCACAUCUGCAGUUUGGAUAGAAGUUUGUGCUCACCACGUCUGGGAAAAGCUGCCCCUGAUUUCUCCCUUCCAAAUCUGAAGCUGUUCUGUUUGGCAGUACUGCUCAUGGAUGGUGACUUCCCAGGUCAAUAAUUGCCAGUAAGAAAGGCUAUUCACUUUCUCAACAUCACACUUCAAGUGCUGCAUUCAGCAGACCAUCCUAGAUGUGAUUGUGCUCGUCUUUAUUGGCGGCUUCAGACUUCUCCAUCAGCCCCACCAGUAGGAGAGAAAUCUGCUGCAACAAUAAACACAACUUCUUUUCCAGUUCUGUUCUUCCUAGCAGCUUUGUGGGUUGUGGCACAGUAUUUGUGUUAAAGGACUUUAUAGAACAAAGGAAUAAAAUGGCUGCAGAGACUCUCAACUUUGGGCCUGAAUGGCUUCGUGCAUUGUCAAGUGGUGGGAGUAUGACGUCACCUCCUUCUUCCCCUGCCAUGCCAAAGUACAAGCUAGCUGAUUACAGAUAUGGAAGGGAAGAAAUGUUAGCACUUUAUAUUAAAGAAAACAAGGUCCCAGAGGAAAUGCAAGAUAAAGAGUUUGCUGCCAUUGUUCAGGAGGAACCAUUACAGCCUCUGGCAUUGGUACCUUUAACAGAAGAAGAACAGAGAAACUUUUCAAUGUCUGUAAACAGUGUUGCAGUGCUAAGGCUUAUGGGAAAAGGUGGUGGCCCACCUCCAGCAGGAGUGUCUCGAGGUAGAGGUGGUACCAGGGGCCGAGGUCGAGGGAGAGGCGAAGGUGGAUAUUACCAAAGAAGUAUUGAAGAUGGGGAUGGUGGAUUUGGACGUGGCAGUCGAGAAAUUCACAGGAGUCAGAGCUGGGAUGACAGGGGUGAGAGAAGGUUUGAGAAGCCAAUAAGACGUGACAUAGGGCGAGGAGGCUUUGAUGAAGGGAGUACAGCGUCAUCCCGCAAAGAAUAUGCACGUUCUGACAGUGAUAACUGGCGCACUCUUCGAGAAGAACACGAUGAAGAUGAUGAAGGCAGCUGGCGAGUGGCAGGAUCAAGACGAGAAAAUGAAAGGUGGCGUUCUACUAGCCCAGUUAUGCCUUUAUGUCCCUAUCUGAGCACAGAGGGUGCACGAUCUGCAGGCUGGAGGGAUCACAAUGACCGUCGGAGAAAAUUUGAUUUUGAUUUCCGAGAGAGAGACGAAGAGCGGGGACCAAGAAGGAACAGGUCAAGCAGUGACAAUUUUGAGGAUGAUAAGGACCUUCUGCCUGAAUGGUGUAUGGAUGAUGAAGAUGAAGAGAUGGGAACAUUUGACUCCUCUGGUGCUUUUCUCUCCUUAAAGAAAAGCCCUAAAGAGCCAAUACCAGAAGAACAGGAGCUUGAUUUUAAAGGUGUUGUGGAAGAAGAGGAAGUACCAGAAAUGAAAGAUGAAAACAAGGAAUGUGUGGAGCCCAGUGGUGCUGAGAAAGAUGGGAAGGAUGUCCUGAUACACAAGAUGACUGAUGAUAGUAAGUUAUUGGAACAGCGGUCCUGCUCUCCUUCCAGCUCCUGUCGGAGUCCUGCAAAUGGCACUGCCAAUGUCACCAACAUGGAAAGUGAAAAUCUCACACGCAGUAUAGUUGAGUCGGAACCUGUAUUGUCAGCCAGUGGCAGACAGGAGCAUGCAGUAGCUGUUGAAGGAGAUAGUGACUCGCUUGUUCCUGCUACCCAGCUUAGUUCUGGGGCUUCUAAUGGGCACUGUAGCUCACCUUCUCCUACUGCCUGUGCUGCUGUUGGUGUUGCUAUUAAUGCCUCUGCUACCAAUGAGUUACCUACUGGAGAUAUUGAGGAUGAUGACGGCAUGACACAUCUUCAACAGGAAGCUGAAAAGAUGGUUGCUUCACUGCAAGAUAAUUCAUUGGAUGAGGACCAGUUCAGCCAGGCAGUGCAGGAGCAGAGAAACACAGCUGCAGCCUUACCACUUUCCCAUGAGGCAGCCAUGAAGUGGUUUUACAAGGACCCUCAGGGAGAAAUACAAGGACCGUUCAGCACCCAAGAGAUGGCAGAGUGGUUCCAGGCUGGCUAUUUCAGUAUGGCGUUGCUAGUGAAAAGGGGCUGUGAUGAAGGGUUUCAGCCACUGGGAGAUGUAAUAAAAAUGUGGGGCAGAGUGCCUUUUGCUCCUGGACCAUCACCACCUCCGUUGCUGGGUAAUAUGGACCAGGAGAGACUGAAGAAGCAGCAGGAGUUGGCAGCUGCAGCAUUUUAUCAGCAGCUCCAACAGCAGCAGCAGCAGCAGUUGUUACAGUUACUAAGUAGUAGGCAACAGUAUGCUCAGUGUACACUACAGCAGAAAGCAGCUACUGGGGACCUAACACCACAGCAAGUAACCACAUUUAUGCAGCAGCAGCAGCUUCAGGCCCUGAAGUCCAGAUGUGGAGAGCAAGCUCCUAUUCCUUCAAUGAACAGAUCAAUGUCAGUGCCAGAUACAGCAUCCCUUUGGGAUAUGCAUACCUCAGCUUCACAGCAAGCAGGCAGUGAAGCCAAUUGUUUGUGGGAUUUACCAAUUAAUUCUUCAACUCAGGGUCCAGUUUUGGAACAGCUUCAGCUGCAACACAAAAUUUCUCCAUGCCCUUCUUGGGGGCAGCAGCCUAUAAGUGGCAGUGCAAGUCAAAACUCCUUCAAAGCCUGUAUUCAGAAAGUAGGGGAAGGAAGAGGACGAGAACCUCGAGAUGAGUGCCGGCAGCAACAGGAACUGCUAAUAAAAAUUUUGCAAAGUCAGCAAGCACAACAGAACUCUUCAACAAUGUGGAGCAGCCUGUCCAAACAGAACUCCAUUAAGUCAUUAUUGGAGUUGCAACAGGAGGGAGAUCGGCAGCUGCAGAAGCCAAGGGGUCCUUCAAGAGCACAUCCUGCUGUUGCCAUAAGUACUGCCUCCAUGACUAGUUUGCCUACACAGUGGGGAGCAGAAUCCAGCUCCAUGUGGGGGAGCCAUGAUAAGAAUAGUGCAACUGCCUUGUGGGAAGACUCCCUGAAGAAUGGUCCUGUGAUGAGGAGCAUCGGAUUGAAGAAUAGUCGGAGCAGCCCUUCCCUGAGUCCCCACUUUCGUGUCAUUUCUGAAGGAUGUGGAUUCCCCAUAUGAUGUUCACGAUUACAUUCGUUCUUACCUUGGAGACACAAGGGAAGCCAAAGAAUUUGCCAAGCAGUUCCUUGAGCGUCGUGCCAAACAGAAAGCCAACCAGCAAAGACAACAACAGCAGUUUUCAAAAGAGCUGAAUCUGAAUAUGAAUUUUUCCAUUCAACCCGAAAGAUUGCAGGACAGCCCGUGGGUCAAUCAUAGCAGCCUUCAGUCAGUGUUUCAAGUGAACCACACCUCAAAACAGCAGUCAUAUGACAGUAGUCAGGCUGGCAAGCUGAAGAAAACCACAGUACUGCAUGCUGAUCCAAGUAUUUUGGGUCAGCGGACUUCAGGAAGUCAGCUUUUUGAUUCCUUUGCACUUAACAAGUUGGGAGCCCCACUGGGAUAUUCACUGCACAGCUCCCCGGGAGAAAUGGAGACUAUAGACGACUACUGAAACCAUAGCAAUAGGAAUUCGCUGCCUUUUAACAUUUCAGUCUUAAAGCUGAAGAGUGUGCACUCAAGUCAGAGGCGAAGCAGGCUUGGCCUUCCUGCUCAUCUAUGCGGGGAUGCCACUUGGAGAAACCCCUCUGAGCACUUCUUAAUAUGCAAAGCACCUUAAAACUAAUGCACUUUAAAAGACUUUCUAUAUAAAGACUGAAAAAGAAAAACCUAGAAAAAACUGGAUUUUUUUCCAGGAAUUUUUUAAUAUGUCUUGAAACACUGUUAUUGUUUUCAUAUUGAAUUGUUUUUUUUUUUUUUUUUCAAAGGCUUAAAGAAAACUUGAAGACAUGCACUUAUAACUGAUUAUGGAACUGGAUGUUUGUAUGAUACAGUAUAUGUAUAUAAGUGUGUAUAUAUAUUAAA